GACUGAAUAUCGCAUUAUUCUCUCGCGUCGGGAAGGAAAAACUGCUACUUUCCGUUUGGCUGGCAAAUUCUUCUUCGGUUAUAGCGAAGAAGUGAAACCCUAUUUUUACAGUGUUUUCGGAGAAUCUGGGUUUGCCAAUGUUUUGUGAUCGGUGAGAAUAAUUCAACGUUUGAAAGGAUCAAGAAAUCAAGGCUUUUGGAACUCAAGCCCGCAACAACGGAACGCCGAGUGCAGUAAACAUGCGAGGCAUUAACGUCGUUAGUUUAUUCCUCUGUAGCUUCUGUUUAUUGCACACAGCUAUUGGACAGUCCUUUGAUGUAAGAGUUAAUCUAGUAGAAGGCAAGAGCGCUGGGCAUCAAGUUCAUUCAUUCCCUACGCCUGCGAGUAAUCAGAUGUACACGUUUUUUCCGGCGCAAGAUGCCGAUUCGAGAGCUGCUCUAACCCUGUUUCAAAUUUCCGAACAAGGGGUCGUUACAACCACAAAACCGAUCGAUUACGAGACUGGAGAAAAAAACUACUACGACUUAGUCGCCAUUCGGCGUAAUCGUGGCGAUAAAGAAGGAGGUACUCCAUUUAGUAUUCGAAUCAGCAUAACAGAUACGAACAACUUUAGUCCGACUUUCCCACAAAACCUCUAUCAUGGAAGAGUGACGGAAGGUUCUCCUGCAAACACUAUUGUUAUGGGUUUGGAAAAUUGCUUCGCUGAAGACAGGGAUACUGUAGGUAGCAUAUCUUAUUCCAUAAGUGGUGGAAACGAGAAUGGGUACUUUAAGGCGGAGAAGGCAAUGGCAGGCAACCGUGCUUUUCUUGUUUUGAAGACUACCAAUACCUUUGACCAACUCCGAAGGGAUGUCAUUCCUGAAGUUAACCUGACCGUGCGUGCAAACGAUGGUCUUCGUUACGGAACAGCAAGAGUCACCGUCAAAAUUCUCGACGCUAACAACAACUUUCCAGUGUUUGACGAGAGCAGAUACACGGCCACGAUCGGCGAGGACACUACUCUCCUGACAUCUGUGCUACGAGUUCGCGCGACUGACCUAGAUGAAGGUACCAAUGGCGGGGUCUAUUACUACCUUAAAGGAUCGUCACCGUGGUUUUCCGUCGAUGCCAUCACUGGAGUCGUCAAAGUGGUUAGUCAGCUACCCAAUCAAGCAGUGGUCACGAUGGAUGUCAUAGCUAGAGACAGGGGUACCCCAAGUAACCAAGUGGAAGUCGACGUGAGCAUAAACAUAGAACUUAUCGCUAAUUACCCUCUACCUGAUUCUCCCAACCCCGGAGUCAACACGCCACCGAUUUUCCCAGAAGAGAGCUACUCUGCAAAUGUACGCGAAGAUUUUCCCGUUGGUGCUGCUCUUCUUAUCAUCCAUGCGGUUGAUCGUGAUCCCCCUGGACGCAACCGGCGUUUGCGAUACAGUUUAAGUGGAGACAACGCUUUCGCAAUUGGUUCGACUAGUGGUGUGGUUACUCUGAGGAACCAGUUGAACUUUGCAAUUAAAAACAAGUAUGACCUUAAUAUCGUUGCAACUGAUGGAGGAGUAAGUCCACAAAGUACCACAGCUACUUUGACCAUUUUAGUGCAGGAGGUGGACAAAAAUCGCCACGCUCCCGUGUUUCAGUCUUCAACAGCAAAUAAGCAACAACGUGCAGUUACAGUCAGAGAGAACAGUGCUGCUGAUACAAAGGUUGGUAAUUCUAUCAGUGCAACUGAUGCUGAUGGCACUCAAAGGCCAGAAGGCCAGGUGGUUUUCUCUAUUGCCUCUGGAUCAGGUUUACCAUAUUUUAAAAUUGACAAGAACAGUGGUGAUUUACGAACUGUUACUGUGCUUGAUAAUGAAAAGCAAGCUCAGUAUAACCUGCUGAUUGAGGCUCGUGACAAAGCCCUUUAUCCUCUCUAUUCCCACUUGUACAUGAUGAUUACAGUUCAAGGUGAAGAUGACAACAACCCAGACUUCUCUCAGCCUGUAUACUACGCCAAUGUACCUGGAAAAGCUCCUGCAAACACCUUUGUGACGCAAAUCCAUGCCACUGACAAAGAUGGGGACCCAGUCUCAUAUUCAAUUGAAAACCCUGGCAAUGCUUUCAUUAUCCAGACAGAUUCUGGAGUUAUUUCAACACGUAGAAUGCUAGAUCCUGCUAAUGAGGAGAGAAGUUUUUCACUUUCUGUUCGGGCCACUUCAAGAGCCAAGGAAUCGCAGGCUCAAGUCAUUGUGACUGUCAUAAGUGAAGAGAACUCUCCUCCAACAUUUGUGAACCUCCCUUAUUCUGCCACUGUGCCCGAGAACUUGGGAAAAAUCGAGAGCCUGUUGUGUUUAGCUGCCAAAGACAGUCAAGGCAAAACUGUGAAGUAUGGACUUGUUAGUAACACUGAUGGCAAGUUUUCUGUGGAUGAAAAAUCUGGACGCUUCACUGUCACUGGCUCAUUGGACUAUGAGUCUUAUACAGGAGGUGUGUAUCAAGUCCAAGCGUUAAGUGGUCCCCUACAAGUGGCUACUGAAAAAGUCACCAUUCAAGUCACGGAUACAAGGGAUCCACCAAGGUUCAGCCGAAGCAAAUACACGUUCCAGAUAAACGAAGAUGUUGCUCCUGGCACUACAGUGACUAAGAUCAAUGGGGAUGGUUCCUCAGGUGGAUUGGUCAUUAAUGAUGCAGACACGCCAAAGACACAGUUUGACUGUACGAUUGAAAACAUUAAAUCUUUAGAUGUUGUAAAUCACUUCAAGGUAGAAUUAGAUUCCAGCAAUAACAUUGGUGAAUGUAAACUUGUCACUCAGUCUUCAUUUGAUCACUUUGAUACCCCCAAGUUUACAUUUGAAGUACGAGCUACAGAUGUGAAUUAUCGAAACAUGUAUGCAUCGGCUGAGGUGGAGAUCGAGAUAGUAGACAAGAACAAUCAUAACCCAGAGUUUUCGCAAUCCGACUAUGCGACUUCUGUAAGCAGUAACUUUCCAGUGAGAAAUUCAAUCUUAAAAAUCACGGCAACAGACAAGGAUGCUGGCUCAUUUGGAGAAAUCACAUAUCAGCUACUUGAUUUUGAAGACAGAAACAGGUUUAGUAUUGAUUCCAGCACUGGUGUUUUAACUAGUGCCAAUUCACUGGCUACCAAGAAGUACCAACUACUUGUUCAGGCAUCAGAUAGAGCACAAAACAACAAUGAUGUAAGAAGGAGUACUGUUUCAGUGUAUGUGUAUGUCUACGCUCCUGGAACUACAGUCAUUCAAUUUAACUCAGCAAGCUAUUCAAAGAUCUUGCCAGAAACUUCAGCCGUAAACACUCCCGUGUUCACUGUAUCUGCUAAGGGCCCUGAUAAAAUUACGUAUAAAAUCGUUGGUGGAAAUACAAAUAGCGCAUUUAAGAUAUCACAAAAUACUGGACUAGUUAGUGUUGCUAGUUCUAUUGAUCGUGAAAGCAAAUCAUCAUAUCAGUUGGUUAUCCGUGCAGAGACGGCUAAUUUGGCUAAAGAAGUGACUACUACCAUUAACAUUGGCGAUGCAAAUGAUAACAAACCAAGGAUCACUUUCUUGAAAGACCCCAAAAACAUUGCAGUUGAAGACUACUCACCAAGGGGAAGUUUUGUGAUAAAGGUGACUGCUAUUGACCGGGACGUUGGUGAUAAUGGAGCAGUUACGUACAGCAUCACCACCCAGUCCACACCAUUUCAGAUAGACCAGAAUACAGGUGUUAUUACAGCCUCAAGGGAAAUAAGGAGAUCUGAAAAACAGUCGUGGGAUAUCAAUGUUCAAGCAACUGAUGGCAAAGGUCAACAAAGCCCUACCUUCGGUCUCAAAAUCUUUGUGACAGAGGGAGUACAAGCUCCACAGUUGCAAGCAACAUAUUCAGUGUCGCUUGAUGAAAACAAGGCUGUUGGCUUCCCAGUCAAAGAUAUUUCACCGUCUUUAAGUAAUCCUAGCUACAAGUACAGUAUCAUAGGCGGAAACAAUGACGAUGCAUUUUGCAUUAACCAUGUUGGUGUUAUAAGCGUGGCAAAACCCUUGGACAGGGAGAAAAAGGACUCCUAUAGCUUGAAAGUGUCUGUGUCUGUGGGGAGCAAGGUCACCAACACCACAGUUGAUGUGACAAUAAGAGACAAGAACGAUGAUGCGCCAGAGUUCACAAAAACAGUGUACUCUUUUGAUGUGAACGAAAACAAAGGUAUCGAUCAAGAAGUGGGGAAAGUAUCAGCAACAGAUUUGGACUCGGGCACAAACGGAGAAGUGCAAUACGUGUUGCUCUAUGCAGUGGACGUGAACUCGAAGUUUGUAGUGGAUUCAACGACUGGCUCCAUUUCCACCAAGGCAAAGCUGGACUAUGAGCAAAUCAGACAGCACGUUCUGUACAUCGAAGCUUCAGAUAAAGGAAAUCCAUCUCUUUCAACAAUUGCUAAGGUUGUCUUGAACGUGAGGGAUGUAAAUGAUCAUUCCCCAAAGUUUUCUGCUGAUUCGUAUGUCGCCAAAGUAGCCCUUGAUGCAAAGGUGGACUCUCAAGUCCUGCUAGUGGUGGCCACAGACUUGGAUAACGGUGACAAUGGAAAGGUGGUGUAUAACAUUACGGGUGGAAAUGGCGAGGGAGCCUUUAAAAUUGAUCCUGAUACUGGAGUGAUCAAGGUGAAGAAGUCCCUGACAACAGUCUCCGCCUCUCAGUUUACCCUUGAAGUUGAAGCAAAAGACAAAGGUAAUCCGCCUCUGCGAAAAACUGCCACUGUGCAGUUGAACGUAUUCUUACCGGAUGGACCACCCAGAUUUGUUGUUAAACCAGUCAUUCAGGAAGUCACUGAGGGUGUUAAAGCCAACGACAGAGUUAUGGUCGUGAAAGCUGCCACCUCCGAGGCCCUUACUUAUGAAAUCACCUCUGGUAACGAGGGUGGCCUCUUCCGAAUGGUUCCGUCCACCGGGGAAAUUAGAGUAACGAGGGAGCUAGAUUACGAGGAGGCUCGUGAACAUCAGUUAGUUGUAAGAGUCAUGGACAGUAGAGACCGCAGUGAUCAGGUUACUGUUGUUAUUAAAGUAAAGAACAUCAAUGACAACCCUCCGCAAUUCCCUGGUGAAGUUGGUGGAGUUGUGGAGAGGAAAGUAGAAAACGACUUCCGAGUUGGUGAUCAGGUUGCUCGCCUGUCAGCCGGUGAUAGGGAUGGUGAUACGAUUUCUUAUACGUUAUCUAGUGAUGUACAGUCGAUGUUUUCUAUAGAUAGCGAAGGCUUCUUGAUAGCAAAGAAGCCUCGCGAAGACUUUCCAUCGCCUGUGAAGUUUCAGUUGACAGCUAAAGAUAGUGGCUCUCCACCCCGUGAGACAAAAGUUGAAGUUCAGCUGGUGUUAGUAAGCUACAGAGGCGAUCAACAACCAGUUAGGGUCUAUGUAAGGGAAGACAAGAGUGUUGGUAGUGUGGUCGCUAUAGUUCCAAGGUAUUUCCCUGGCGGCAAAUUAUCCAUUAUCUACCCGCGGAAAUCCAAUUUUACCGUGGACAAUUCAGGAAAAGUUCGGAUGGAAGCACCAUUUGAUUAUGAAGAACAACAGUUCUUCGGUUUGACCAUAAGAGAAACUGAACCAGCACCUCGUAGUCGCACCAGUGAUGUCGAUGUAGAAAUCAACGUGGUUGACAUCAAUGACAACAAGCCUGUCAUGAAAAUGAUCGAUUUCUUUGGCCGCGUUAACACCAAUUCACGACCAGGGGUAAAGGCGUAUCAGCUGAAGUCAGAGGACAAGGACAGUGGUUUGGCCGGCAGAAUUGGCUAUCAGAUGGUGUCCAGGGCAGUACCCUUCGGCAUCAACCCGCUGACUGACGUUGUGGAGACUGCUGGUAAUCUGGAAGAGAGGGGAGGGUACAAUGUAACGCUCUUUGGCUUUGACUAUGGCGUCCCACGUCAGUUUGGUGAAUCCGUGUAUCUUGAUAUCAAAACUGUCAACUUUAAGCCGGUGUUUUCAGAAAACCCUUACAAGUUUACAGUGUUUGAGAAGGAGCUUCCUGGAAAACCGGUCGGUAAGGUCAACGCCACCAGUGUUUCUGGAGCAAGGCUGGGGUUCACAAUCAUUCAAGGAGAUUCAGAUAGCAAGUUCGUUAUUGACAAUACCGGUCAGAUCAGAGUGAACUCUCUUUUAGAUCGUGAGAAGCGAGCAAUUUACAAUCUGAAAGUCAGAACAACCGAGCAGAUCCCUCGCGGUUACUCCAAUGAUGUGGAUGUCCAGAUCAUAGUGACGAACGCCAAUGAGCACGUUCCCUAUUUCCCAUUGCAGGUGUAUGAGAAAUCCAUCAGUGAAGCUGUUGGUGCAGGCGCACAAGUGCUCUCUGUAGUUGCUUAUGACUGUGAUUGUACAGGUUGUGGUUGUGAUCGCGGUGACCUGACGUAUUCACUGGAAGGUACAAGUCUUUUCAAAAUUGAUAAGGUCACCGGCGACAUCAGUGUAGGUGAUUCCGCGCUUGAUUAUGAAGCGCAAAGGGAGCAUACCUUUACCGUCGUUGUGGAGGAUUUCGGAGAGAAGAAGUUUACUUCUCGGUCCUAUGUCAAGGUGAUUGUUCAGAAUGCCAAUGACGAAGUUCCCUCGUUCCAGGAGAGCGAAUACAACAUUGGUAUUGCCGAAGAUGCAGCGAUAAACACGCCACUAGCAGCCAUUGUGGCCAGAGAUGCUGAUGGAGACAUUCCAAGCUACUCCAUAACCAGUGGGGAUGGCGGCAAUAUAUUCAAGAUUAAUCCAUCAACUGGUGUACUGUCCCUUACACAAAGUGUUAAAGGAAAGCAAACGCAGUACACUCUUCAAGUGAGGGCAACUGACACUCAAUCCUUACAAUUCGACGAAGUUCGUGUCAUAGUCAACAUCGAAGACAUCAAUGACAACAGACCAGUGUUCACAGUCUGUCCAGGAAUAGCCUCCAUCGCGGAGAACGAGCCUAGAGGGGAGGUGGUGAUUCAAGUCACUGCUGUAGACAGCGACAGAGGAAGAAACAAGGAAAUAGAGUAUUCAAUUACUGGUGGAAAGAAGCUGUUUGAUAUCGACAAUUCCACCGGAGUUAUUACCACGAUAACCAGUUUGGACCGAGAGGGCAGUACAGAGGGCUAUACUUUGAUUGUGCAAGCCGAAGAUGGCGGACACGGCAGGAAUGAAGCGGAGAGACUUCUUUCGUACUGCGUCAUAGAAGUCGAAGUUAUCGACAAGAAUGACAAUUACCCCGUGUUCAAUGAAAAGAGGUAUCUGGCCAGUGUAUUUCACAAAGCUGCAAAGGGCACGACCGUCGUAACUGUCAGUGCUUCAGACGCUGACGUAGGCUCCAACCAGAAGGUGGCAUAUUCCUUGGUCGGUGCUAAUGACAGGUUCGAUGUUAAUCGGGAUACCGGGGACAUUUUAACCAAUGCGGACUUGUCCAAUUUCGAACAAACUGUGGUGCUGACAGUCAGGGCAACAAACACCGAGCCUAUUGUGUCAAACCUUGGAUCACCACGUGAUUCGGAGACCACGGUUGAGAUCAAUGUAGUGGACCAAAGACCACCCGAGUUCAUACCCAGUAACAUCUACAGUAAGAACAUUCCGGAAAAUACGGAUCUUGGUUAUUUUGUUGUCGUUAUCAAAGCGGAAAGCAAGGUUGAUCCCGCCAAUAAGAUAACGUACAGCUUGGUGAAGUCCAAUCCUGACGCGGAGCAGAAAUUUCAGGUUAAUCCAGACACUGGUAAUGUUACAACUGCGGGAAUGAUUAAUUACGAACAACAAAAAUCUUACAAGCUUCAGUUUCGAGCCAGAGAGUCCGCAACCAAUCUCUAUGCCACCUGUACUGUGCUUGUGACCAUCAUAGAUGUUAAUGACGAUGCACCUACAUUUAAACUGUCAGAGUACACCGCCAGAGUCCCAGAGAACGCGAACCCCCCGUUUAAUGUGAUAACGAUCAAAGCAGAUGACAGAGACACGGGCCAGUUCGGUAAGGUCACGUACGCGCUGGACACUCUAAUAAGUGACUUCAGAAUUGUUGCCAACAAUGGAACCAUCUUUUCCAGAAAAAGGUUCGACAGGGAGGCACGCGAAAGGUUUAUUAUGACGGCAUCAGCGUCCGAUCAAACGUUCGACACCAAAGUAACAGUUAAUGUUGACAUCGUCGAUCAAAAUGACAAGCCACCUGUGUUUGCAAAAAGACAGUAUGAAGCCACUGUUCAAGAAGACGCAGGCAUUGGGACCUCUAUCCGUGAGCUUUCCGCAACGGACGGUGAUAUUGGAGAAAAUGCAAGGCUUGACUAUUUUAUCUCCAGCGGAGAUCAAUCCCAGAAGUUCAAAAUGGAAACGGUCUACCAACCACAACGCAACAGUGCCAAGAACUACGGAAUUCUUAUUCUGGAUGGAAAGCUCGACUUCGAGAGCAGACAGUCCUACACCAUUAAAGUAACGGCCACAGACAGAAAAGACAGCGACACUGUUGAUGUUGUUAUAAAGGUUAUUGAUACGAAUGACAACGUGCCUGAGUUUUCUGCCCUGAUCUACGAAGCAACGAUCCAAGAGGACAGCCCGCCAGGCGAGAGUGUUAAAAAGGUUUCUGCAACUGACUUAGAUAGCUCUAAAGUCCAGAGCGAACUGCAAUACUCCAUUGACAAGACAGGGCAGACGUACUUCACAAUCGACGCCAAAACUGGUCUAAUAACCACUGCAAAUAGCAGGCUUGAUCGCGAAAAACAGCAGAUUGUUUCUUUUUAUGUGUAUGCUUCCGAUGGUAAGCACAGGGGGGAAGCUUUAGUUAGAGUCAACCUUACGGACAUCAAUGAUAACGCUCCGUACUUUCCCAGCCCUCCCUACAUAGGCUAUGUAGAAGAGAACAAAAACCCCGGUACAAGUGUUAUGGUUCUUCAAGCAAUCGACUUGGACUCGGGUAUCAAUGCAGAGAUAGUCUACGAGCUAGAGGACAAUGCAAAUGGCAAGUUCAAGAUUGAUCCAGACUCUGGUCUCGUCACUACGCUGGAAACUCUCGAAAAAGAAGGUGCCGAAAACGAGUUUACAAUUCGAGUCAAAGCUACAAACAGAAGGGCUGGAGACCCACUAAGGUCUGGAACUGUUUCUGCUACCAUCAAAGUGACCGAUGGAAAUGAUCAGAAGCCAGAGUUCGAUCCCACAAUUUACCGGGCUAAAGUGCCGGAGGAUGCGCUCCCCGGGUACUUUGUUACGAAGGUCAAAGCUUCUGAUGAAGACGAGGGACCAAAUGCCGAGUUAGAGUACACAAUUGAGACGGGCAAUGACCCGUACGAGUUCUACAUCGACCCGCGAACGGGCGACAUCCUCGUGUCCGGACUUCUUGACUUUGACAAAGGGAAGAAGUCGUACAACUUGACGGUCAAGGUAACUGAUCGAGGGAAUCCACCCCAGGAGGCAGAGGAGAAAGCGUUUGUGUACAUUAAUGUGCUUGACGCUAAUGACAAUCCUCCGGUGUUUGUACCCUCCGUGUACAACGAGGUUGUAUCGGAGAGUGUCAAGCCAGGAGCUUCUGUAGCGCAGGUGACAGCCAUCGAUAAGGACACGGGUACCAACGCAGAGUUCACGUUCUCGAUUACUGAUGGCGAUGACGCCAACAUGUUUGCUAUCAAGUCUGAUCCUAACAAUGGCAGUAUUGGAAUAAUUUCUACCGUCUUGCAGAUAGAUCGAGAAACCAUUCCUAAGUACAAUUUGACCAUCACAGCGACGGAUAGUGGAGGGUUGCAGGGUGUCGGAUUAUUGUAUCUCACUGUAACAGAUAUCAAUGAUAACGGCCCCUGGUUUAUACCACGUUACUACGAAGGUACCAUCAAGGCAGGCAUAAAUCCCGCAGCGGGACAACCCGUCACUGAAAUAAAGGCAUACGAUCCGGAUGAAGCUAGUAAUGGAUCGCCGUUUACGUUUUCAGUAGUCGAGACAGACCUCCGCAACCGUUUCAGGCUGAGUAGCCCCACAGCCACAUCAACCUCCAUGUUUGCGUUUGGGUUGUUCGACCGAACGGUGACGCAGGAAUGGGAAGUGGAGGUCCAGGCAACUGACAGUGGAAGUCCGACUAAGAGCAAUACUACCUCUGUGUUCGUUGACGUAGAAGAUGAUAGGAACACACACGAACCAGAAGACGGAGAACUGACGAUAAUCGUGAACGCGUACAAUGGCAAGUUUGCUGGCGGCAUCAUCGGCAGGGCUUACUACAAAGACGACGACUUUGAAGUUCAUGGAAAUCAGUUUACCAUGUUAUCUUCCCAAGAGUACUUCACCGUAAACUCAGGUAACGGUAACAUCACUGCGGAGGCAAACGUUCCCCUGGGUACCUACAGAUUCGACGUGCAAGUCACAGAUUCAACGUUCUCAAAGACUGUAACUUCUGCUAUAACUGUUAUUGUACAAAGUGUCACCAGUGCCGCCCUCCAGCAGAGUGUGGCUGUGCAGAUCUUUGAGUUGAGGAAAACGUCCGUCUUUGUCGGCGAAUACUACUCGACAUGGCGAUCAGUGUUUGCCGACAUUUUAACCGGCGGUGAUGUUGACCGUAUUUUGAUCUUCAGCGUCCAAAAGGCUCCGGUCUACCGUGUUCCUCUGCAGUAUCUGUUUGGAGUGGAGAUUUACCUGGCAGUACUGGACGGUAGCGGGUACAUGAAUCACAUGGAAAUUGUAAAGAAGUUGGGAGAAAACAAGGACGAGCUUGAACUGCAAGAUCGAUCGAUAGGAAGUAUUGGCAUUGAUGCAUGUGCCUACGAACAACAACAAGUUGGAAAAUGCAGCAACGAAGUGAAAGCGUCUUCGGCAUUCACUGUCGUAAGUGGCGACUAUGGCCAAGUCCCCGCCCCAGGAACCUCACUAACCUUAGUGUCCAUGAAUGUUGUGCUGCGAGGCGUCUACACGACUAUCAUCCCAGAGGAAAAGAACUGUUCCACGGGCACGCCCUGUUUGCACGGAGGCACGUGCCACAAUGCUGUUCCCAAGGGAAUCAUCUGCGAGUGUGGGCGCGACUACCGAGGACCCGAGUGCCAAAGUACCACCAGGACAUUCAAGGGUAAUUCGUUCAUACACCUGGAGAAGCUGAUCGCCUAUCAACGUAGCACAGUCUCGAUGCAAUUUAUGACGGGAACGGCAAAUGGACUGCUGCUCUACCAAGGACCAGUUUAUGAAGGCGCCAACAAUGGUUUACCAGAUGUGAUGGCGUUGAUGUUGGUGGACGGGUACGUCAAGCUGGUGCUAACUCUUGGUCCUCAUCCCAAUGCUCCACUCGAGCUCUACAUGAACCGGGGUGACAGACUCGAUGAUAGGACGUGGCACACGGUGGAAAUCAUUCGAUCACUCAAGAAAGUAACCUUGAGGAUUGACAAAUGCUCGCGCUCUCAGAUUGUGGAAGAUAAUGGUGAAGUGAUUGAAAACAGGGCGUUGUGUGAGAUCGAGGGCGAGGUGUGGGGCUCCGCGAUAUACUUGAAUGGCUUUGGUCCGCUUCAAAUCGGAGGCGUGGAGAACACGGUGAAUGAUGCAAACAUAAACUUCAAAGGUUUUGAAGGCUGCAUCCGAGAUAUAUACGACAACAACAAGAUGUAUGAUUUGCUGAAUCCACUGCUUGAAAAGAACACAGAGUUAGGCUGCAAGCUUGACAACAACCUGUGUCCAGACUGUAAUGAUCAGGGAUAUUGUGAACCUUUGUGGACAAACAGCAUCUGUGUGUGCGAUCUUGGCUACACUGGGCCAAACUGUAACUCCAGAGCGAAUGCCAACUGGUACAAGGCAAAUAGUUUCACCCAGUACCGGGUAAAACAGUCCAAGAGGAAACGCCGUGAACUUAUUCCUCCACCAGUGUCUAUGGCAAAUGAAUUCUACACCAACAUCGCUCUGCAAGUCAAGAUCUCGCCCAAUUCUACCAAUGUGGUCGUAUUCUUAGCUUCGAACAGCUUGGGAACCGAAUUUAACAGAAUUGAUGUUAAGAACGGUGUGCUGCGUUACAUCUUCCGACUGGGUGACCGCAUGAAGAUCCUAAGCAUUCCUCAACUGAACGUGACAGAUGAUGUAUACCACACUGUGGUAGUCAAGAGAGAAGGCAACCGUGCAAGCCUUCAGAUCGAUUACGACGGUAAAGUGGAGGGCACCACGGGUGGCUUACACAAACUGCUCAACAUGGGCGGAGGAAGUUUCUUCACUGGUGGCUUGCCUAACGUUACUGAGGUCAGAGUCGUGGAAGCCUUUGUUAACAGCGGCGGCAACGCUAUCUUACGCACUGCUGACGGCAACAUCAUCUCGAGCGGGGUUGGAGCUGGAUUAAUGGGCUAUGGCUCGUCUAAUGCAGGAGUCAUGGGUACCAACAUCGUUGUUGGUUCCAGAGGACAGGUUUACACCUCCAGCGCCUUCCUUAGCAUGGCCCGCUUGAGAAUACGAGGUGUUGCAAGUGGGGGUGUUUCUAGAGGUGGUGGCAGGGUAUUUAUAGGACAGUCUGAAAGAAAUGUUAAUGUCAGGGUCAUACAAAAGAGCAUGCAAACGAGCGGUAAAUAUGUCGUAAUCAGUUCAGCCGGAGGCGGUACUGCAGUGGGUGCCUCUGGCGAAGGUGGGGUGUCUGUUGGUGGUGUUGGCGGUAACGGGGCUUCUGGUGGUGCUGGCGAAGUGUCCGGUGGUGCCUCUAACGGAGGAGUGGCGUCCGGUGGUGCUUCGGGCGGAGAUGUAACUGGCGGAAAUACGGUAUUAGGAAGUGCCUCCUCUCUUAGUGCAUAUGGCGAACUGUCUGCAUAUGGCAGUGGCAUAUCUUCAUGGACCAUUGGGGGUGCCACAACGGACGGUACUGGAGAUAUCGAAGUGAUUGGAGAUUUCGGAGGCUGUACUGCAUCAAACAACUACAAUGGUGUGGAUUUGGAUAACGAUGGCUCUAUAGAGGCACGACGACAGAAUGUAGAGUUCGGCUGUCCAUGUUCAGCAAGUCGCUGUUUAAACGGCGGCACGUGUGUCAAUGCUGUACCUCCUUAUUGUCUGUGUCCGCCUGGCUGGAGUGGACGAAAUUGUGAGGUUAUUGUCACGGCGCCCAAUCCAGGUACACGAUCCAGCCGAUGGGUGAAUCCCGCUGUUAUCGCCUGCGUCCUGGUGAUUAUCCUGGCAAUUUUGGCCAUCAUCGGCGCCGUACUCCUCAAAAGGCGACCGCAACCUACCGUUGUAGCGGUCGUUGAAGACGGACACGUUCACGACAACGUCAGACCGUACCACGACGAAGGCGCUGGCGAGGAAGACAACUUCAGCUACGACAUUACGACGCUGAUGAAGUACACCUAUGUAGAAAACGGUAUCGCGGGCACAGGAGGCGCAGGUUACGGCAAGUUCAAAGAUGGAGGUGCUGGUGGCGGCGGCGUAGGCGAAGAAGAGUUUACUGUAGCAGAGAACAAGCCGCUUUUGCAAGGAGCCAUGCCCGGUGUAGGCCUCCAGCACGGGGUUACCACUAUCACCAAACGUCGUGUAGUACACCCUGAAAGCAUUGACGUCAAGCAGUUCAUUGACACACGCGUGCUGGAAGCGGACGGGGAGUAUGUCCUGUCUAUUGACGAGUUGCAUAUUUACCGCUACGAGGGCGAUGACUCCGACGUAGACGACCUCAGUGAGCUCGGAGACAGCGAUGAAGAGCCAGAUGAGGAAGAGGAGCAGGAAUUUGCGUUCUUGCAAGAAUGGGGCAGGAAGUUUGACAACCUCAACCGCAUAUUCAACGAGGAGGACUGAGGUGUAGCGUCCACGUACCGUUUUGUACAUAAAUAGACUCUACAAGAGAUCUCUUAACUCGCCAACACCUUAAAUGUAAGCGGAUUGUUAUGCAACUGAGAAUUUUACUCAGUAUUGCUAGCUUGCAAGGCAGACGAGAAUGCAUCCGCCAUGUACUCGUUCUGUUGUAGUGUUUGAAAAUCUUUGAGAACUUUCAGUGAGUUGUUUCCCAAAACGGUAACUGUACGAGUCACUGUUGUUUACUGGUAGACAUUAUUAGUUGAACAGUUCUCAGCGGUUGGCUGUUAAACGACAAAUCUUUAGUCACUCUACCGUUGUUGGACUUAACGUCACGAGUAGUUAGGAAGCGUUUUUCAUUGGAGCGAAAAUUGUACAUUGUUUCAUAGUAGGGCCCUGAAAACACUGGAGUGUUUGGGCUUUUUCUGAAUUUUGUUUGGAUUUUUCCUGUCUGCAUUAAGAGAAGCAUAUUUAAUUUCCAUUUGUCCAAAAUGGUGGUAAUUUAGGUAAAUUUAUUCUAGUGCAAGAACUUACUUUGCUACAUAAACAGGAGCUACAAACGCUAAUGGGAAUAUCAAUAAAUUGUCUUUUGUAGGGCGUUUUUUUUUACAGAAUUAUCGCGAGCUUUUGUCUUCCGAAAUCAGCGGAAAGUGAGCCGAUAAACUUGACAAAGAUCGCCUCGGACUGGCUUUGCCUCCAGACAAUCAGCUUGUUGAACAAGUUUGAAAGUUCUCGCGGAACAUAUUUACAUAAUUUGCAAUAGUCGCGUCGCGUACAAUAUUGAACUAACUUUUUACAUGUGACGUAAAAUAUUCCUUUAGGAUUUUUUCCCGAGAUUUUACAAGUUGUGAUUUCGUUGAAAGGUAACAAGUAGUAUAUAUUGCUAUGUAGAAAAAACCAAGCUGUCAAUAAAUGGUAUGUUUGCAGGAAAAAA